UGGUCUGUGGUGUGUUAAAUUAUAAUCCUACCGUUUCAACAGUUGAUGUGGCAAGGAAGGUCCGCAGAAGACAUUGACGCCAGAUCAUUUUUGGAGAUACGCAGAAAUUGGACCGUUGACAUUCACGUUACAGCCGUCAUGCAUUGGACUUAGUAAAAAGAGCAAGGGCAAUGCUAUCACCGAGCUGUUUUACCCCGCAUCAAUGCAGCAUGCAAGAGGGAUGAUCACAUUUAUGAUAUCCGGUCUGGAUCUAUAUUUUAUUAUUUGGAUCUUCGCAUACCACAUGUGCUCGUGUGCCCCGGCUAUUUCAUUUUGAGGAAACUGGAUUGCGAUUAUGCCACAGACGAGUCUGGGCGUUCCGCUGAAUUUAAAUUAGGUGUAAGGCAUCACCGUUUGUAAUUAAAAAAGCAGGAAAAGCAAGGCCAGCGAGGAACGAAAGAUCAGAAAACCAGACGGAAAAUGACUUUUUUCAUUCUGUUAUGAACGGAGCUGUCGCCUGAUUGCAAUUAACUGUAGGGAUUGUCAGUCUGCUGAACAAAUCAACAGGUCCGAAUCCAAAACACGCAUCGCAAAAUAAAAGCGCACAUCAUCGUAAAGGGGAUGUAUCUAUCCGUUUUCUUCUUUCUCUUGCUGUGGGCACAAGCCCUUACAUUGAAAAACUUAAAUUAUUCCAUCCCCGAGGAGCAGGGGCCGGGGACUGUGCUUGGGAACAUUGCCAAAGACGCCAGACUGGGACCGGGAGAGCGGGGCAAAAAAUCCAACUUCAGGGUGUUGGAGAAUUCAGCCCCGCAUCUCAUUGACGUGGAUCCCGAAAGCGGGCUGCUUUAUACGAAGCAGCGGAUUGACAGGGAAACACUGUGUCGACGAAACCCCAAGUGCCAGCUUUCAAUGGAAGUGUUUGCCAACGAUAAAGAAAUCUGCAUGAUUAAGGUGGAAAUAUUGGACAUAAACGACAAUUCGCCCAGCUUUCCCUCUGAUCAAAUCGAUAUUGAUAUUUCUGAGAAUGCAGCUCCAGGAACCCGCUUUCCGCUAACAAGUGCACACGACCCAGAUUCUGGGGAGAACGGGUUGAAAACCUACCAGAUCACGCGAGACGAUUACAAUAUAUUUUCUUUGGAUGUAAAAUCCAGAGGCGACGGUACAAAGUUUCCAGAGCUAGUCAUUCAGAGACCGUUAGACAGAGAGGAGCGUAGCCAUCACACCCUCAUAUUAACAGCAACUGAUGGAGGGGAAUAUCCAAGAUCAGGAACGAUGCAAAUCAAUGUGAAGGUUAUUGAUUCUAAUGACAACAGCCCAACGUUCGAACAGCCUUCCUAUACGGUAGAGAUUCCUGAAAACUCUGCUCCGGGAAAAGUGCUGAUAGACUUGAAUGCAACCGAUCCAGAUGAGGGGAGUAAUGGCCAGGUGGUCUAUUCUUUCAGUGGCUAUGCACCCGACCGGAUCAGAGAGCUGUUCUCCAUUGACCCCAGAACAGGUGUCAUUAAGAUUCAGGGAGAAAUUGACUAUGAGGAAAAUCCAAUUAUAGAGAUUGAUGUUCAGGCGAAGGACCUUGGACCCAACCCGAUCCCAGGUCACUGUAAAGUGACUGUGAAAGUGGUGGACCGGAAUGACAACUGGCCGUCCAUAGGGUUUGUGUCCGUGCGCCAAGGGGCCAUCAGCGAGGCCGCGCCCCCAGGAACGGUCAUCGCGCUGGUCAGAGUCACGGACAAGGACGCCGGGCGGAACGGGCAGCUCCAGUGCAGGGUUCUGGGUAACGUGCCUUUUAAGCUGGAGGAGAACUAUGACAACCUGUACACCGUGAUCACUGACCGGCCUCUUGACCGGGAGGUGCAGGACGAGUACAAUGUGACCAUCGUGGCCAAAGACAAUGGGAUCCCACCGCUCAACUCCACAAAGUCAUUCACUGUCAAGAUCUUGGACGAGAACGACAACGCGCCCCGAUUCACGAAGUCGGUCUACCUGCUGCAGGUGCCUGAGAACAACAUCCCUGGGGAGUACCUGGGCUCGGUUCUGGCCCACGACCCGGAUUUGGGCCAGAACGGGACGGUGUCAUACACCAUCCUCCCAUCAAACGUGGGUGAUGUCUCAAUCUUUACGUAUGUCUCAGUCAACCCCACCAACGGUGCCAUCUAUGCCCUACGGUCCUUUAACUAUGAGCAGACAAAGUAUUUUGAGUUCAAGGUGGUGGCUAAGGACUCGGGCUCCCCUCACCUGGAGAGCAACGCCACGGUCCGGGUGAGUGUGCUGGAUGUCAAUGACAAUGCACCGGUCAUUGUGCUGCCCCUCCUCCAGAACGACACGGCUGAGAUCCACGUGCCCCGCAACGUAGGCGUGGGCCACAUCGUCACCACGGUGAGGGCGGUCGACAACGACUACGGUGAGAGCGGGCGGCUGACCUAUGAGAUCUCCGACGGCAACGAGGACCACUUGUUUGAGAUGGACUCGGUCACUGGGGAGAUCCGGACCGUCCACCCAUUCUGGGAGGAGGUGAGCCCCGUGGUGGAGCUUAUCGUCAAGGUGAUCGACCACGGGAAGCCCACCUUGUCCGCCGUGGCGAAGCUGAUAAUCAAGGCCUACACGGGGCCCCUUCCCGAAGGGGAGCCGAGGAUUAACGAAGAACAGCGGCAGUGGGACAUGUCCCUCCCGCUCAUCGUCACCCUCUCCAUCAUCUCCGUCAUGCUCCUGGCCGCCAUGGUGACCAUCGCCGUCAAGUGCAAGCGGGAGAACAAGGAGAUCAGGACGUACAACUGCCGGAUCGCCGAGUACUCGCACCCGCAGUUGGGCAAGGGCAAGAAGAAGAAGAUAAACAAGAAUGACAUCAUGCUGGUGCAGAGCGAGGUGGAGGAGAGAGACGCUAUGAACGUGAUGAACGUGGUGAGCAGUCCCUCCCUGGCCACCUCCCCCAUGUAUUUCGAUUACCAGACCCGACUGCCCCUCAGUUCCCCCAGGUCAGAGGUCAUGUACCUUAAGCCCACUGCCAACAACCUGACUGUUCCCCAAGGACACGUGGGCUGUCACACCAGCUUCACCAGCCCUGUGACUAACACCACUGAGACUCCGGUUAAUAGGAUGUCAAUAAUUCAGACAGACAAUUUCCCCGCAGAGUCCGCUUACAUGGGCAGCAGACAGCAGUUUGUGCAAAGCAGCUCCACAUUCAAGGACCCAGAGCGAGCGAGCCUUAGAGACAGUGGCCAUGGCGACAGCGAUCAGGCCGAUAGCGACCAGGACACAAAUAAAGGGUCUUGCUGCGACAUGUCUGCCAAGGAGGCUCUCAAGAUGAAGGCGACUUCUUCUAAAGCCCCACCUCUUGAGCAGGAAGAAGAGUGUGUUAACUGUACAGAGGAGUGCAGAGUGCUAGGGCACUCUGACCGCUGCUGGAUGCCUCAGUUCCCCGCGGGGAACCAGGCGGAGGGGGCUGACUACCGCACCAACGUUUUCGUGCCAGCGGGGAUGGAGGUCGCCGUGGAAACGGAGACCUACGAGACGGUCAACCCCAACGGGAAAAAGACUUUCUGCACCUUCGGCAAGGAGAGGCGGGACCACACCAUCUUGGUGGCGAACGUCAAGCCUUACCUGAAGGCCAAGCGGGCCCUCAGCCCCCUGCUCCAGGAGGUCCCCUCAGCCUCAAACAGCCCCACCAAAACCUGCCCGGCACCCUGCGCUUCUGGGAAAGCUCCCGCGGGCGGCGGGGUGGAGGGCAAGUCGGGCGGCUGCGGCGGUCACUACGGCCCGCCCGACGGACAGUACCUGUCGCCGAACAAGCAGGCGCGGGACGCCACGUCGCACGUGAACUCCGACCCCGUGGCCAAGGCGCUGACGGACGUGCGCUCGCGCGCCAGCCAGGACUCCGGGGAGAUGGACUCCGUGCUGGAGCAGCUGGAUCACCACGGCAACGCUGCCAACCUCUCCCAGGAGGGCAUGGAUGCCGACCAGGUGGUGCGGGAUAUCGACAAGCUCCUGCAGGACUGCAGAGGGAGCGAGGCCACGCCCCUCAGGAAGUGA